AUGGAGGGUGGACAGACGGCUAGAGGCGCCAGGGUACCUAGGGUAUUUUCUGGAAUGGGCAGGGCUGGAAGUCGGCUAGGGUUAGACAACUGCUUGGAUGCACCGUUUGAGGAUGCGUUUGGCCAUCAGUACGAGACAGUUUCAGGUUUUAUAUGCGAAGCAUUUGGAUAUAUCCCAAGGACAGGUGAGACCAUCAAAGUGGUUCUUGAAAAGGAAGCUCAAGAAGAUGAGGAUGAGAAUACUGAAGGCAAGUCUGACAGACAAGAACUGAAGGAAAAGCACCAAAUAUAUAAACUUGAGUUAAAUUGCUUUAUUGCAUUUCACUUCAGUGUUUGGUAUGCCUGUGGGAUUGAUGAGAUAUUAGCUGGAAAUGCCAGAAAGGUCAGUGCUGUCCGGUUUGAACGGAUAAACAAUGGCGAGGCGAUGUUAGAAGCCAAAGAAGUAGCGCGCUUGGUUCCCAGGAUCAUGAAGAGAAAAUGGAGCAGUGAUGAAGAGUCCGAUGUUAGUGAUUAUGAUGAAGAUUCAUUCCAAAAGAGACCGGAGCAUAGUCUUUCUGAUUCCAAUCUAAUUGCCGAACAUGAAGAGGAUCGUGAGAGUUCAAGUAGACAGUAG